AUGGACAAUUUGAUAUCGCGUAAAUUGGAAAAAUUAUUGGAAGAUAAAGAAUUGUUAGAUGUUAAACUUAUAUUGAAUAAUGAAAGCUAUGAUGUUCAUAAAUUAAUAUUAAGCGCAAAUAGUCCCGUAUUUAAAGCCAUGCUUAGUAACACUAAUUGGUCAAGUUGCAAUCAGGAAUCUAUUAUUUUAACUGAAGAUCCCAUAUGUGUUACUUACUUUCCAAUGCUAAUAAAAUAUAUGUAUACUAGUUAUAUCAAAUUUAAUUUUUCAAACGUUUUGCCAAUCCUUAUACUAGCUGAUAAAUAUGAGAUUCAUGAUUUAAUCAAACUCUGCAUCAAUUUUAUAAACAAUAAUGUUGGUUAUGCUCUAAAACAGGGUGAAAUUAUAUCUUGGUAUCUAUAUUGCACAGCAUCAGAUCAAUCCAACAAAAAUCUGAUUGAAGAAUAUAUAAUAUGGAAUUUUUCAUACAUAUUGGAUUCAGACUAUUUUAUGGGAAUUCCACUACAGAUAUUAAUAAAGUUUCUUAAAAAGUCGGAAUUGAUAGUUAUUAAUGAAUUACAAAUAAAAAUUUGUCUUGAAAAAUGGAUACAACAUAAUAAAGAAUGUUUAAACACACCCGAAUUAGAAAUUUUAUACAAAUAUAUUAGAACUCCAUAUUUACCUUUAAAUACUUUGGCUGAAAUUUUUACUACCAAUGAUAAUUUGUCAUACAAUUUAAAUAUAGCAACAAAAUUUCAUGCAUUUACUAAUAAAGAGAGAAAUAUUAUGAAAAUUAAUAAAAAAGAACUUAUAUUAACAUCACCUAGGAUUUAUAUUUCAGAACUAUGGUCAACUACUUUUGUAAUACCCAACUUUUCAAAUUUUCCUAAUUAUGGGAUUAGAACUGAAAUAUUUUCAACUUUAUCAAGUGCAUCGCGAGCAGAUCAUAGAUUAUAUUGGGAAUGGAUUCUUGAUUUUUACCCUAAAGGCAUAAAUUAUGAUAAAAGUCUAUAUAUAUCAAUGAAUAAAACAUUUGAGGUUCCGGGACUGACCCUAAACUCUGUUCAAGCCAAGUUGACCGCCAUAAAUCCUAUAGAAUCACAUCGCUCCAGUCCUAAUUCCUCACCCACAUCAAACUUCGUAGACAGAUUAAGUACUUCCUCUAGUUCUUCAUACAAAGACGCCUAUCUCAACAACAAAUCUCCGAGCAACUGCUUAAGCACGCAUAACAAGAUAGCCCGUAAGGUUGACGUUUAUUUUUUGUUCCACGCUUCGUCUAACCCGUCUUAUAAUAAAUUCAAGCUCAAGAGCCCCCCUUUAAAAAGCCCUGCCAGCGACUCUGCUUCUAAAUCGAGUUUUAUCUGGCCUGACCAUCAUAGAUCUUAUUUACCCCAAAUUAUUCAUAAGCCUGAAAACGUUGUCACCGUCAACGAAGAUCCUGCUUUCCUUAGUGAUAACGAAGAUGCUUCCUAUUUGGAGCACCCUAAUAAAUUGGAUAUAUUUCCUACGCCGACCGAAAGCCACGAAUACGUUGCCAUGGCAGUUAAGCGGACCGGAUGUCGUUUCUUUGAUGAAUCGACGCGCAAACAAAAUUUUUAUGAUUAUCAAUCUACAUGCGGGGAUGAUUACAAGCGAAAGCACUUAAAUGGCAGCGAAUCUUAUUCUCGCACGUGUUCUAUCAAAUUCGAAGACUUAAUUCCUUCACACAGACUUGAAACUUCCAGUAAUCGUUGCUUCAAUGGUGGGGUUGGUUCUCUUCUGAGAAAUUCGGUUAAUCUGUCUACCGGUGACCCUUUGUUUCUAGAGGAGUGCGAUGCUUUGAAGGUCACGGUUGUCAUAGUGCCUUCCUAAAUAUUUUAAAAAAUUAUAUCAAAAAUUUAUGGAUUAAAGAAAGAAAGAUUUUACAUACUUGUAAUGUAAAUUAUUUGAUAAUCUCCUCAAAAAUGAAAAUUCUUUUUAUAAAAGUAUUAGGCUCCAUAUUGAAUGUUAGUCGUCAGAGGAUUGUAUAUUUUUUUUUAAAUGACAAAUUUUGGUCUUAAAUAAAAUAAAUGGAUUAAUAAUCAUAUUCCUCUUGAUUUUUGUACAUUUGUUUAAUUUCUUAUUCCAGAUAUAUUUGGCUUAAAAUUAAUUAUGAGAAUUUUUUUAUAUAUAUAAAUGACAAUAUCAUAUCAUGUAAUUUACACCAAUCAAAUAGCACAAUAUAAAAAGUUAAGUUUAUUUUAUACUAUUUUUUUUUAUAG